AUGGAACUACAGAAUCUCAUUCCAGAAAUAAAUCUUAAUUUGGUUCAUUUGUUGUACACAUUAGUAGAAAUCGAUACCGAAGAUUCCACAAGUAACCAAAAACUCAAGGAUCGGAAUAUCUCAAUUUUUAAUAAUUUACACGAGAACUUGGUAAUUUUAAAUUUUCAUAAAUUGAGAAUUCAGAAUGAAUAUUAUAAAAUCUUAAAAUCUCUUGAUUCCAAUGAACCUGUUAUAAAUAAUAAAAAUGACUACAUUACCAAAGUAAUAAAUUGCAAUUAUAAGGUUUUGUUCACUGAAGCAUCAGAUAGAUUACCAGAAGUUGAGUUUAACUACAACGUUCACGCACCUUUGUAUAAUAACAUAGUCCUUUUCCUCCAAUACUUAUCCCCAAAUGACUUUAUAUGGCAUUAUCACACACCAAAUAAUCCAGACUAUGAUGAAAAAAUACUUAUAUGUUGUUGUAAAUUUAGUGAAACAUCAAUUAAUGACCUUUUAAGCCAUUAUCAUGUCGCCUCAGUUAUUUUCAUGUCAAUAUCGCAAUUGUACGGAUAUAAUGAUGACUAUUUGUUGAAUUUGGGGGAAUUAUCAAGAUACUUGGAAAAGGUAGUUCCGAAGAUUAAUGGGAUUAUAACUCUUAUAAACCUACCAUUGAAGAAUAAUAUGAGGUUAGAUACAAGCAAAUCCCAUAAUUGUUCAUUGGAAAACUCUAAACAAAUAGAUGUUGACUUGUACAAUAAAUCAAACUCACACUAUAACCUAUAUCCAACUCCAUCCAAAUUAGCCUUGACAGGAUGUAGAGUAAUAUGUAAAUGCUAUAUGAACUUGUUAAGUUUGGUUGAAAACAUUUCUCUUAAGUUGUAUAAUCAUCUGAUUUCAACACUUCUCAUAAUAUAUAACAAGACCUGUGGAAUGAUUUUGGAUGACAUAUAUGAUUUGGUGAUGUAUAUAUCAAAUAAUCGCACAGAAGGUAUUUUAAGAGAGCUAAAAAAUUUUUUAGCUUUAAAGGAUAAUUCAAAUUUAUUAUUAUUUAAAGAGGUUGCAAACAAAAUGGCAGAGGACGUCAAUAACUACAACUCCUCGGUAUUAAAAUGCCUAGAAUGCUACAUCAGACUUACGAGCUUGGUCUACAAUGAUAAGGACAUUAAGUCGUAUGAACUAGUUGAGACUCUAAUUGACAGGAUAAUUCUAAUGAACAAGGCUGAAAUUAACGAAAAGUUCAUGGAAAAUUAUAAACUAUACCUUAAAAAUGCGCCACUGGUCUGUGCAGCUACAAUGCUACAGACAAUGGAACUAACAUUCGGCUGUAUAGAUUCCCUAGAGCCAAAAAUUGUAAUGAUUUCUCUAAAAUUUUUAGAAGAUCUGUUCGAAUACCUUCCAAACGAUUGUAUGUAUUACUUUCAGGAUUGCUACUCUAGGUUCAUACUCAUUUAUGUCAAGUACUUGUCAAAUGAGGGGAAUUUUGAAGAUUCUCUUAAUAAUUUAGAAAAACUUAACCUUUACAACAAUCUAAUUGUAAAAUUAUUAGUAACUCCACACCAGAAAAGGCAUGUUCUCGAUGAUGUUCAGAGGAAUCAGAUUAUAUAUUUGAUGAAAAACGUUUUAGAAAUUAUAAAAAAACAAUUAGGAGAGUCGACGCUCAAUGACUUAAUUUUUAAAAUCAACUCUGAUGUUAAAAAUGACCCAAACUCCAGUGACCGCACAUUAGCUAUUUUUGAAAAAAUUUCAAUCUUAUUUCAACCUUAA